CCUGGCUCAAAAUAUAAAGACGAAAAUACACCUUCGGAUCCCCCUACUUCGGCCAUACAUUUUCAUAUCCUAGUCUGCGUAUCGCUGGCUGUCGCAAUACACCGAGUUUCGAAACAGAGUUGCCAAAGAUGUCAAUGCCCCCUCUUCCUCAGAGCGCCGACAAAAGUGCAAUCUGCGCUCGAUUAGGCCUUAGUGAUCGUAUUCACAAACUGCUCUUGAAAGAAGCCGAAAUCGCUCGAGAUGCACUAAGCAGUAACCCGUACAAUUUGACAGACCAGUCCAAGACAGAUCCGUCCGUAUGCGAGCCCUACAGGUGGGACGAGAUAUCCGAGACCGCAAAGCAUUCGUGUGUGUUAACGGUGGUUCGCGAUGCCUGCCCUGAGACUCGUCCAUAUUAUUACAUGGGCUGUUACAGAACCGCAGUCAAUGAAGAGAACUGGGUCGCUAGAUGGUAUCUUUGGCACAGCUUUCGCUAUAGGGACAACAGACCGAGAGACAGGAACGCAAACAACAAUUCUUCUUCAAGCCGAGGAGGAACACACCUUUACUAUGACCCAGCGCGUGAUCACUUCCGGCGAUGAAACCGAGUACUGGCCUCGACUUCAAACAAAGUCAACAUCAUUCUUUCUUGGCCUCAUCAAAUGGGUCUGCGAUGCUGCCUUUUUCUCUAUAGAUGUCAAAGAUGCCUCGUUAUUGCUCCCAGUGCCAGAAGAUACCGGCGUUGUCACUCACGGCUCUUCCAUAUAUUCGCUUCAUUUGCAUUAGCGACGGUCUUUGGUUGUUAUUCCCUAGCUUUCCUAUUAAUGUCUAGCACGGUUUCUUUUGUUUAGGUACUGGAUUCAAGUCGACCAGGCCUCAUGUUGUAUGUUUCUCUGUUAGUAUUGGACUGUAUCUUGAGGGGACAAUAUCACUUAAUGCUUGUUAUGCAACCCUGAAUCAGA